AUGUUGAUCGCACUGGCCAAGAAAGAGAGGCUUUUGGACAGAAAGGAAAAGAUGCCACAUUUUGAUCUGGCCCAAUCCCGGCGUACUUGUUUGAUCGCUGGUCACUCUGAUUUGAGAAUUAAAGCAGAAUCCACACCGGAGAAUUUGAGGAUCAUUUUUAAUGUGAACGAAAGAGAUCUUCAUUUUCAAGACCAAUGGCUUGCUAUACUGAAGAGAUUGGUGGUGCUUCAGCUUGGUCAUUGGCAGGUUUCUCCCACCCAUCACAUUGGAGUUCAAGACGAAUCGUUCCUAGCUGGGGGUUUGAAGACCCAGAAGCUGCUCAAGUAUCUCAGCCUCCGGGGGAUUUCAAGCAUAACUUCACUUCCUGAGUCCAUCAGAGAACUGGUCAGCCUCGAAAUUCUGGACCUCAAGGCUUGUCAUAAUCUAGAAAACUUGCCUGAUGGGGUUGCAUCCUUGCAAAAGCUAGCACAUUUGGAUGUGUCAGAAUGUUACUUGAUGGAAAGCUUGCCAAAGGGGCUCCACAACCUCACAUCGCUCCAAGUGCUGAAGGGAUUCAUAAUAGGCAAUUCUCAGAAGACUGUCAUUAGAUUAGAGCAUCUUCCAAAUCUGAACACUCUGAAGCGAUUGAGCAUACAUAUGGGGAGUGAGGCUACCAUCCAGAAAGAUGAUUUCGACAAGCUGAAGGAUUUGCCAAAGGUCAAGUGUCUGAAAAUAUCUUGGGGGAAAGUAGCCGUUUUACGCUCUGUGUCUUUUACGCCAGAGCUACAAGAACUGGAUCUUGAAGGCAUUCCUGACAAGAAUAUGGCAGGAUGGUUAACGUCCAGCCAACUGACGGAGCUGGAGACGCUAUACAUUAAGGGAGGAAAGCUCAGUAAUUUAUCAAGCAAUGGCGAGCUGUGGAAAGUGAAAUAUUUGGUCCUCAAGUAUACCAAGAUGCCGAAAAUAAUUAACGAAGAAACUCUCAAGCCUAUGUUUCCUUGGCUCCAAUACGUGAAGAAGGUUAAGUGGGUCACAAGUGUUAAGCAAGAAGUUGAGUUUGAGUGGCCUUAA